AGUCAAUCUGGCAACUCGGUCCCGGCUUCUGACGCUUACCCAGCCAAAAGGAGAGAAAAAGAAAAAAAGGCUCUUUACGUGUGAAACUUUUACGAAUUUCGUGCGCUCGCUGAAUCCUUCGACAUCCAAUCUUGUAUUGAAAUUAUUGUCAAUUUAAAUAGCUGAACAACUUUGCAAGGGACUUUUGCGCUGUGUGAUUUUUUUUUAUAUAACUUACUAGACAGAAAAUGGCCGCACCGCCGACAAAAAUUUUCGUUGGACGUUUGCCUCUCGAUGCGAAGCAAGAAGACCUACGCGCCUUGUUUGAGAAGUAUGGCGUCAUUACAGAAUGUGACGUCCUUAACCGUUUUGGCUUUGUGCACAUGAAAUCUGAAGAAAUGGCUAAACGAGCUAUCGCUGCGUUGCAUAACUCUGAAUUUAUGGGCUCUCGCAUCACUGUUGAGCCCUCAACUGGAAAGAAAGGAGCCGGAGGAGGAGGUGGUGGUGGUGGAGGAGGCAGAGGUGGACGGUCACCAGGUGGUGGUCGUGGAGGUGGCCCUGUUGGACGCAAUGGAGGUUUCGGUGGUGGCAGGCCUUCACCCUAUGACCGUCCAAGAGGUCUUGGAGACCGAUAUGGCCCUCCAGGUGGUCUACCUCCUUCAAAUGGUGGAGGAUACUAUGAGGACUUUGACAUGUACGGUCGGCGUGGACCUGCUCCUGUUUCCCGCGAUCCUUAUGGCCCACCGUCAUACGAGCGACGUGGUUACGAGCCAGCUUAUGGAGACCGUUACGGUGGCGGUGAUCGGGAUCGUCGCCCAAUGCCUCCGAUGGGCGGUUCACCAUACGACAGGCGCCCACCACCCUCAGCCGAUUACCCGCCAUCACGUGCCGGACCUGAAUACCGCAGAAGGACUCCACCUCCUGGCCCAAUGGGUGACACCUAUGGUCGAUUUGAUCGUGACGUGUACGAAGCGGUGCCAUCUGACCCAUACGGCUCUAGACGCGCGGCCGUUUGAAAGACGAUGGAGAAGUGAGCGUCGCGUGCCCGAGAGUCUAAAGCGAAAAGAAGUUUCACACACGGAGAGAGAAAGGAUUCAAAAUUGUUUAUUUCUCCUUUUUUUUCUUAAAAUUCUGUCUCUCAAAUCAUCGAUCGAAGUAGUUGUUUAGUACUUGUCACUUGUUUGUAUCCUCAUUUCCGUUCAACGUUAUUAUCAUCGUCCCCCUCUCCUACUACACACCCCCACAGUCGUUCUUCCGGAUGGAUCAGAAUUUUCCGUCAUUUGGUCAUUUCAAAUGUACGCGGUUAGUUUGAAAUUUAAACUUCUCAAAACAAUUUUUGGAAAGAAAAUUACUGAAUCCUAUCCCACCCACCCAAGACAUUCUUGCCCCCCGAUGACGUCGUCUGCAUUAUAUAUCUCCUCGUUUUUUUUUGUCUCCAUCGCACCUUUAUUCUCUUUUUUUUUUUGCAAGUUCUUACAUGAUUUUAAACAAAUUUGAGAAUCGUUUUUCUCUUUGCAAUCUGCUCCAAACCACCUCCCGCCCUCAACCCCCCCGAUCAUACGGUGCGAUUUGAUUCGAAAUAUUUUGUAAGACCUUUGUUUCUUUUGGCUGAAAAGCGACACGUCAUGAAAAACAAGACAAAGAAUACACGACCAUUUUGUGGAUGCUCAACCCAAAAACAAGAAA